AUGCAACCCGGAAGUGCCGAUCGGGGCACGAAACCGGAAGUGAUUACGUGUGGUGGAACGCAUGCGGAUGAGUAUUGGAUGCUCUUGGAAUGCAUGCGACCCGGAAGUUCAGACCGCGGCACGAAACCGCAAGUGAUUAUGCCGCAACGGCGGCGGUAUGGGAAGCUCUAAGGACAUAGAGAUUGUUGAUUGGUUGUUGGGCAAAGGGGGCAGGUCUUCAUUACCCAUUUCCCGUGCCAAUAUGGGGUGAUUUAAAUACUUGUGUGAAGCUUGAUGUAACUACUGCACCUGAGGAAGACGUUUAUUCGUCAAAACAUGUUGUGCUUAUUGGAAACAGCAUUACUGCAUUUCGAAUGUAAGAUUUUAUAUAUUUGUUAAGUAAAUGAUUAUACUUUUAUUUCUAAUCGGUAUGCCUUUCCUGUGCCUCUUCUUUUGAGGAUCAAGCUUCACCUACUGGAAUGUAUUCAAGUUUAUAACCCAAAACGCUACUACCUGAGCCAGUUUUCCUUGUGAACAGGCUCUUGAGAAUGUGAGUUGGACCAUACAGAAGUUGAUUUUCCACUCCCAUUAAAUUACAGCAUUACGCUAUGUGUUUGUUUUUAUUUUUAUGUUUUUAUGUAUAGGUAUACAACUCCUUUUGAUUGCUUCAAUAUUUGGGUAUUUAUUCUGUGUUUGCACCUACUCACUUGGUAUCCACUGAUAUUCAGGGUAUGGUGUGAACUUUGUAUGUGCGCUACACACUUUUUGUGUUGUUUGUAUAUUUUGGUUUGGGUCUCACAGUCCUCCACCCACCCUGGACCCAAGACCAUGAUCCAGCUUCCAGUGGGUAGACUUCUCAUAGUCCAGAGAGCGUAGCAGGAACAGCUCUUAUAAGAGCUAGUGAUUUUACUCAGGGAAGUAUUGUGAUAUAGCAAUUCCCAGAGUGAAUGUAGUUCUCCAAUCCCCCAAACAUGAGCCAAGACUUCAUGAAUGGGUUAACGAAUCUCCAUAGUCUACACAUCACCAGAUAGCUUGGAUCUGAGCGCACAACAUAUCCGAACAGAGCUCAGAUACCACGAACAUGGAAGAUGUCUGCCCAGAAAUAGUUCCAUAGUUUCAGGGGUAGCGGUCAGUCUACACCCUGUUCCAAAUAAUUAUGCAAAUUAUAUUUUUCUCAUUUACCUAAAUAAUUGAUGUAAAUAACAGUCAGCAUAAUUCUUAUGUUAUCAACUAUUAAGAGUACAAUUAAAAUUUUAUUGAACAAACCUCCUAAUGAUAACAGUAUUUUUUUUUAAAACAUAAAAAACUUACAGUGCACUGUUCCAAAUUAUUAUUAUUAUUAUUAUUACUUACACAGUAAGUUUCAAAACACUUUAUAGGUUGUAAAGAACUGAAAAUUGUCAUUUGUCGUGUUUGCAGCAUAUUUACUGAAAUCAAAAGCUAUUUCAAUUAAACUUCUAACAACAUUUUCAUUUUUUAAACAUUUUAACAGGUCACGUUACAUGUUUACAUACAACCCCUUAUUUGAUAGCAGCUUCACAAGUCUUGCAUCCAUUGAACUUGUGAGUUUUUGGACAGUUUCUACUUGAAUUUGUUUGCAAGAUGUCAGAAUAGCCUCCCAGAGCUGCAGUUUGGAUGUAAACUGCCUGCCACCCUCAUAGAUCUUUUGCAUGAAGAUGCUGUAGCGGAGAGCUAGUAUUUCAUAGCCUAUCUCCACUUGUAGAUCCCAGUGAGGCUCAGGAACAAGCAAUUAUAAAUCCAUAGGGCAAAGUAUCCAACAGGCAAAACAAUAUAGCAAUAUCCCAACAGCACUCCCAACAACUGGAUGACACACAGUAUCAGGAGCAGAACUAAACCUUUAUUCGUACAGUUGCCUUAUAAAGCAUGCUCCCAUGCAAGGGAGGGAUUUCCAUUAAUCAGUACAGCAGCCAAUCCUGUUCUGUAACCUCUAACACAUCUCCUCCCCUAAGUCUGACUCAUAAUCCCCUUAUCCAGGACACCAAUUCCCCCAGUUUCUGGAUGUACCCCUAAACCUAGGGGUACCUCUUUAAAUGAUACAUCCCCUGGUAGCCCUGAUCUGGGUGAACAACAUAUCCAAAAAUCACCCAGAUCAGACCAGGGGUUCGGGAAAUUUAUGGAGGGAAUAGACCGACCGCGCUGAGGGAAACAGCCGAAUUGGGUUCCAUGCGAUGGGGCCCAGCUGUCGGUCCUGGGAUAAGGGAAUAAAUUGCACGAAAGCCUCUAGUUACGGAGACCAGGGAGUGUUCGCCUGAAUCCCCUCGUUCGGUUGUUUCUGUCUACCAAACGAGGGGCCGUUCGGUAGUUUGGAAGCGAACGGAUUGGGCUUAUGGAGGUCUCAGCGGUGUUCGCCUAGUCGAGUGUCCGAUUUGGGUUCCAGACACUCGACGGCAAAAGACCGCUGUUCGGGAGAUUUAAAAUGGCCGCCGCCACGUGUUCGUUUCCCGAAUGGCGGCCACCCCCGAGAACAAAGGACUUACUGCCCAGCUUGUCAAUUACCCGUUCGCAACAUUGUUGCAACGGGUAAUUGAAGGCACACUUCACACAGGGGAGGUCUGACUGUUCGGUAGUUUCAUUCCCUUAAUUGUUAGAAUGCUACUACCGAACAAUCAGACGAAUACAACACAUUUCUACACAUAUAAUCCUGCCAUUUAGACGAAUACAUUUAAAACAUAUGCAGUUCCCAGGACAGCCCAGUGCCAUCUGCUACACUGCUCCUCCUUGCCCACAAGCCGACAUACACAGUCUGAUCCAACACGGAUCGGCUUGGGGAUGUCCGGGGAUGCUCACGGAUCAUUCCUCCAGGUCUGUUUGUCUUGACAACCCGUCAGCGUUCCCAUUCUGUUUGCCCGGGCGGUACUGAAUGUUAAAAUCAAAAGGCUGCAGCGCCAAACUCCAGCGCAGCAGCCUGGCAUUGUCCCCAGCCACCCGGUAUAGCCAGACCAACAGGUUGUGAUCCGUGAGCAAGGAAAAGGGCUGUCCAUACAAAUACAGCUGCAAUUUCUUCAGGGCCCACACCACAGCCAGGCAUUCCUUUUCGAUGGUGGCGUAGCACACUUCUCUGGGUAGUAGUUUCCGACUGAUGUAGGCUACGGGGUGUUCUCCGCCAUCGUCCCUGACUUGGCUUAAUACUGCCCCCAAUCCAAACAUAGAAGCGUCUGUGUGAACAAGAAAACGUUUAGUUGGAUCGGGAGCUGCCAAGACAGGGGCAUUAACAAGUGCAUCUUUCAACAGUUGGAAUGCCUUCUCACACUCCGGGGUCCAGGUUACUUGGCAGGGUAAGUUCUUGCGGGUAAGGUCAGUAAGGGGUUUGGCCAGGGCGCUAUAGUUGGGGACAAACUUUCGGUAAUAUCCGGCGGUCCCUAGAAAAGCAAGGACCUGGGUUUUAUUCCUGGGGGUGGGCCAUUGGGCUACUGCCUCUACCUUGGCAGGUUCAGGUUUCUGUUUUCCAUACCCUACUCUGUGUCCGAGGUACUGUACCUCCGCCAUACCUAUACUGCAUUUAGCCGGCUUCAGGGUUAAUCCGGCUUCUCGGAUCCUAUCUAUCACCGCCCCUAUGUGGGCCAAAUGUUCCUGCCAAGUGUUGCUAAAAAUAGCUAUGUCGUCUAAAUAAGCACAAGUGUAAUCCUGAAAUCCAUCCAGGAGUGGGUCCACCAUCCUCUGGAAGGUAGCGGGUGCGUUUUUCAUCCCAAACGGCAUUACCUUAAAUUGGUAUAAACCGAAUGGGGUGACAAAAGCGGAUUUAGGAAUGGCCUCGGGUGCCAGGGGAAUCUGCCGAUACCCCUUACAUAGAUCAAUGGUUGUGAGGUAGUGACCUCUGGCCAUCCGGUCUAGUAAUUCCUCUAUCCGGGGCAUGGGGUAUGCAUCGGAUACCGUCUUUUCGUUUAACCUCCUGUAGUCCACGCAGAAGCGGGUUGUGCCAUCUCGCUUGGGUACGAGGACUACAGGGGAGGCCCAGGGGCUAUCUGACUGUUCAAUCACCCCCAGUUGAAGCAUCUCCUCAAUCUCCUUGCGCAUGUUUUCCUUCACUGCUUCAGGGAUGCGAUAAGGGGUUUGGCGUAUGGGAAGUUGUCCUGGGGUCUCUACCCUGUGAGUGGCCAAAGGAGUGUACCCAGGUAUAUUGGAGAAUGUGUCCUGUUUCUCCCUUAAUAGCUGUUGUACCUCGGUACGCUCCUGUGGGCUCAGCCGAUCCCCCAGAGUAACUUCCCCCAAAUCCCCGGACAGUCAGCAGUCCCCCAGUAGAUCUGGGAGAGGCAGGCUGUCGAACUCCUCAUUGGAGGGGGUGCAAAUUGCGGUUACUUCCUCUGAACGUUCCCGGUAGGGCUUCAGCAUGUUCACGUGGAUCAUGCGUCACCCCCCCAGUCCCUGUGCAGACGCCAAUUAUAUACGUGGUGUCGCAUCUCUGCUCCAUCACUUUAUAUGGGCCCUGCCAGGAGGCCUGCAGCUUAUUAUGUCGGACCGGUUUCAAAAUUAGAACCUUCUGCCCAACCUGGAAGCUGCGGUCCCUGGCGCCCUUUUCAUACCAUGUGCGCUGGCGCGUUUGAGCCGCCUGGAGGUUCUCUCGGACUGACUUGGCCAACGCUUCCAAACGCUCUUGAAACGCCAGUACAUAUGGUAUGAUGGGGGUACCGUCUGUGCUCCGGUUUCCCUCCCAGUGUUCCCUGAUCAGAUCAAGGGGUCCCCUUACUCUCCGCCCAAACAGUAACUCAAAUGGGGAGAAUCCUGUCGAUUCCUGCGGCACCUCAAUGUAGGCAAACAGGAGAUGUGGCAGGAACCGUUCCCAGUCCCUAUGGGUGUCUGCAAAAGUGCGGAGCAUUUGCUUCAAGGUCCCGUUGAACCUUUCGCAUAGCCCAUUGGUCUGGGGGCGAUAGGGGGCGCUAAUGAUCGGUUUGAUGUCACAAAAUUUCCAGAGGUUUUGGGUGACUUCUGCAGUGAACUGGGUGCCCUGAUCCGAGAUGAUCUCUCUGGGUAACCCCAUCCGAGUGAAAAUCUGCAUCAGGGCCUCAGCCACGGUUUCUGCCUGUAUGUUAGUCAGGGCAAUCGCCUCUGGAUAUCGGGUGGCAUAAUCCACUACAGUUAAAAUAUACCUUUUUACCAGAGGGGCUGGGUCUUUGCAGGGGUCCUAUUAAAUCUACCGCUACUCUGCUGAACGGUUCCUCGAUUAUGGGUAGCGGGUGCAAUUUUACCUUCCGCCGGUCCCCUCUCUUUCCUACUCUUUGGCACGUGUCACACGUGUUGCAGUACCUGCGGACUUCCUGACUAACUCCCGGCCAAAAGAAACUCUGGGUCAGCCGGUGCCGGGUACGACUGACCCCUAAAUGUCCGGAUAGCGGAAUAUCGUGCGCUAUCCGGAGUAAUUCUGCUUGGUACCGUUGGGGUACCACUAGCUGCCUCAUCACAAUAGGGUCUGACCCAGCUACCUGCUUGUCAAACUCCCUAUACAGCAACUGGUUAUCCCAUACAAAUCUUUCACCCUCCCCUCCCGGCUGGUCUGUCUGAGGUGACUGUGUCUCUAUUGACCUAUAAGAUGGGGUCAGUGACUACUUCGGCUGCAAAAUCAGUAGGGGGGGCCCGAGGGAUACAUUCUAAGGUAGGGGAAGGAUCUCUUACCUGGACCUCUGGGAGUGUGUUGUAGUCCUGGGUGCGGGCCUGUUGUUGCGUAACCACUGGGUGGGCCUUUCCGGUCGUUGGGGCCUGGGGUUUGCCCAGAUCGUUCCCCAACAAAACCUCCGCUGGCAGCUGGGGCAUCAACCCCACCUCCACAUUCCCAAACCCUGCUCCCCAAUGUAAAUGUACCCGGGCUGUGGGUAGCUCGUAUACUGCUCCCCCGGCUACCCUGAAAAACAGUGUACAAAUCUUUUAAAACCAAACCUGGGGACAUAAGUGAUGUGAUACAUAGAUAUUGACUUAUCUAUAAGAUUGACACAAUCAACAUUACUUAAAAAUUCAAUACCAUAGCAAUACUUUAAGGAUGUAACAUAGAUACAAAUAUGAAAUAAAAAAAAUUUGACAGCUUGUAGUACCCUUUUGCAGCCGUUAGGGGGCCCGCAUUGUUGUAAUACCCGAACACCCGUAGUCUAAUGGAAAUUCCCUUUAAUUCAUAUGAAGUGUUACUUGAUAGAGCAUAAGGCGUUCGUGACCAAUUGAACACUUAAAUUGGAAUUGUGUAGUGUUCGUUAGAAUAACUGUUCGUUUGUAACAGUGCAAAAGCAUGCAAAGUGGAGCCUAAACAAAUGAAAGGAGCCAAACCGAGACCUUCGUUCGUGAGUUUAACAAAGUCACGAAAGCUCCCGUGUAUUAUGUAUAUAAUCCAGCAUCAUGCUUAAAGGCCCGAAUGCCGCAGAAAGAAACAAAUUAACAUAUGAACGGUUAUGUAAUGAAACAGACCCAAGCAGAGAUGACGCCGUGGAAUGCAUCCGAGGCACGACGGCUGGGCCUACGGUUCAGUUGACAACUUCCGGGUUAGUCUCUUUAGAGCUGGAGCAGGAAGCAGGCUGGAAACGGUCAGUGAGAAGACAG